GCCCCUACUACAUGGUCAGCUGAAACGCUGGGCCAGAUCAAGGACUGGUUGGAAACAUGCCUUUCAUCACAUGCCCAGUGCGCAAACCGGUCCUCAGGCCGUCUCCCACGGCGUCUGAUAGACGUUUGGUCUACCACCGAGCCGCUGCCGAAACACUUUGAUCAACUGAGUCUUGAAAACUCUCAGAACAUCCGCGUAGUAGUGUCCGAAUCUCUGCCCCAAGACACAAAGUACCUCACCCUCAGCCACAGAUGGGGCAAUCCACCCAAGCUGCUCCUCACCACCCAGACUCAGUUCCUGCUAAAAGAAGACAUAGUCCCCCAUCUUCUAGCGUGCGACGAAGCAGCGGUAUUCCGCCAUGCCAUCCAAGUCACGCGUGGGCUUGGAUUCCGAUACAUAUGGAUUGACGCCCUCUGCAUCGAGCAAGACAACGGACCAGAGAAAGCAGUUGAUAUCAUGCACAUGGACGAGGUCUACACCAAUUCAUCUUUGAAUCUCUCGGCUUCCGUAGCCAGUGUGCCUGACGGGCUAGUCUUUGAUCGAGACUUGUCGUCGAUCAAUCCUUGUCGGGCGACGGUCGUCGUCGAAGCUGGUCAAGAAAGCGUUGCCCUGCAGGCAACUCCCGAAGGGUUUCAUUCCUUGCGGGCUGUUGGACCCCUUUACGAACGAGGCUGGGUGUAUCAAGAGAGGUUGCUCGCACCGCGCAUUGUACAUUUCUUGUCGGACCAAGUGUACUGGGAGUGUCAUGCUUUGGACGCAUCUGAGGUUCUCCCCGAGGGAUAUCAAGAUGGAUUGAAGCGCCAGACACGGGGUAUGGCGGCGAUUACGAAGGGGCUAUCUGCUGACGAACUGGAACUGCGAUGGUUCCGUCUUGUGGAAGACUACACUGCCACGGCUCUGACAUAUCCGGAUGAUCGCCUGCUAGCUGUGUCAGCUUUGGCUAAGCAGUUUUCUUCUGUUGCGAAACGGAACCCGAAUGACUAUCUGGCUGGGAUGUGGAAGGACAGCCUACUGCCUUCGCUGGUGUGGUUGUUAGCUGAAUACGAAGAAGGAAGCGAGCCACAACGGUCAACUGAUGCUCCGAGGGAAACAGAAGUAGCACCGUCCUGGUCCUGGGCGUCCAUCAUGGAUACAGUAUCAUGGCCUCAGAGCUCUGAAUACACCCGGAUAGUGCCUAGUGUCGAGUGGGUGGACGUCGAGGUUGACCGAACAUCUCAAAAUUUGUUUGACGGCACUAAUCUAUGUCGACUUCGUCUUCGCGGCCAUAUGCGCAAGAUAUGCCGAUACAUCGAGAACGGACAGCCUUGGAUUAGCAUUUCAGGAACAGUCCGGUUCCCGGAAGUAUUGGAGAUUAAUGAGGAAUUCUUUGACCACCCGUUGGCCUUGAGCUGGGACACGUGUCGAGAGUCGGUUGCGCUUGCACUGAAAGACGACAGUGACGGGCUGCCUGGUCGGACAUAUUUUCUGCUUCACAUAGGCGCGGAGCAGGCGGCGUACUGUGGGGAUUGGGAGCCCGCGGCAGAGGAGGGCAUAAUUCUUGAAAGGACUCCAGAGCAUGGAACAUAUAGGCGGGUAGGGCAUUUUCUUGUGCCCUAUCUGUCGAUCCAGGAUUAUGAGAGCUUCGAGCUGGCGGGCGCGUUUCAUCGAGGCUUUGAAGGACUGCUGGAUGAGAAUUCGGGUGAUUAUCACGAGCUGGACCCUGAUGGGAGGUCACCUUCACAUCAUACAUCUCAACGGGUACUCCACCCCUCACCAUAUGAGAUGGCACGCCCUUCGUCAGACCGGCCUCCAUCUCGCUCAAGAAGCCGCUCGCCUUCCCUCGUCAAAUCCUCUUCUCACCCUACUCCCCGCCGCGCAAUCCGCCCGCUGCUUCUUCUGGUAGCCCUCAUCAACCUCUCAUGGUCGCUAUACCAACUCCCCACCACCCGCGUGAUCGAAUCCCGGCUCUGUUUUGACCACUACUCCCUCAGUGAUCCCUCAGCCGUUCCCCCGGACGGCACCAUCCCAGAAGAGCUGUGCAAGCUCGAUACCAUCCAGCAGCGCUUGGGGAAGUUGCAAGGAGUGAUGGAGACCAUCUGGGUGGGGGGUGACUUUCUCAUGACGAUUCCUUUGGUGACGCUGGCGGAUCGAUAUGGGUAUGGAUUCGUUUUGAGGUUGAACCUGGUCCCCCGCGCUUUUUUGCUGGGGUGGAUGCUGUUUGUUGGGUACUUUAGGUGGCUGCCGGUGGAAUGGGUUGUGCUUGCGCCAGCGGGGAGUUGGCUGGGGGGUGAUUGCGUGUUGAACUCGGUGGUGUAUUUUCUGGUAAGUGAUAGGGCGACCUUCUUCGCCUACCUCAACGCUACGACUUCCAUUUUCUCGAGUCAGCUUGGGCCUGCUCUGGCAUCAAUGACCAUGUCAUUCAGGCUGUGGCUACCCUUCGUACUAGGACUUGGUCUAUUGUUGAUAUCGGCACCCCUGAUCUCUUUGCUUCCCAUAGCGCCUCCC